CACUUGCAUACAUUCAUUAUUCUGGCACUCUUGUUUCUUGAGAUUGGAGAAGAUGAAAGCAUCACACUGCAAGGAUGAGUUAUUAAUGGAGGAAGGGCGAAGUUUACUAUACAAAUUCCAAGAAGACGGUUUGCUAGUGCUACCUGUGAUAGAUGCGAUGCAGCUCUUGGGCAUAGACUACUAUUUUCAAGAGCUUAUCGGAGUGAUUUUGGAGCGACAAUAUCAUAAAAUUAAUAAAUUUCUUUUUGAUGAAACUGCUGAUCUUUACGAUAUUUCACUUUGCUUUAGAUUACUUAGGCAAGAAGGUUACUACAUCUCCUCAGAUGUUUUCACCAAGUUCACUAAUGAAGAAGGAAAGUUUAAGGAGGAGCUAGGCAAAGAUAUAAAGGGGUUGAUGGCAUUGCAUGAAGCAUCUCAUCUUUCCAUACAAGGAGAAGAUAUUCUUGAAGAAGCUGCAAGGUUUAGUAGGGAGUCUUUGAUGGCAAAUAUGACCAGUCUUGAUGAUUGUCAAGCCAUUAUAGUUAAGAAAACAUUACAAUAUCCCCAUCAUAAGAGCUUGGCCAAGUUCACAGCCAAAACCAUCAUUGAAAAUAUGAGAUUUGAAAAUGAAUGGGAAGCUAGCUUGGUAAAUUUGGCAACUAUGGAUUAUAGCAUAACCCAAUCACUUUAUCAAGAAGAAUUUCGUCAAAUUCUGCGAUGGUGGAAAGGACUUGGGCUAAUGGAUGAGUUGGCAAAAAGUCAACAGCUAAAAUGGUACACUUGGACAUUGGCACUCACCUUUGAUCCUUCCAUGUCAAGAGAAAGGGUAGAACUAACCAAGCCAAUCGCCCUUGUAUACAUUAUUGAUGACAUUAUUGAUGUUUAUGCCACAUUUGAUCAAACCAUUCAAUUUGUAAACGCCAUUAACAGAUGGGAAAUAUCUGUGGCCGAAGGAUUACCCGAUUACAUGAAGAUUUGCUUGAGUGUACUAUUUGACACAACAAAUGAUAUCAGCAACUUUAUUUUGGACAAGUAUGGUUGGGAUCCAAUUGACCAUCUUAAAAAAGGGUGGACAAGUUUGUGCGAUGCUUAUAUAAUAGAAGCAAAGUGGUUUGCUACCAGGAAUUCGCCGACGGCUGAUGAGUACUUGCAGAUUGGAAUUAUCACUACCGGGGUUCCUAUGGUUCUCAUUAUGUGCUUCUUCCUGCUAGGCCACGGUGCAUCCACGGGAACCACAGCUAUUGAAGACAUUAUAACUUUAGUAGGAGCAAUUCUUCGCCUCCUAGAUGACCUUGACGCUACUCAGGGCGAGAAGCAAGAUGGAAAUGAUGCAUCAUAUGUAGAGUACUACGUAAAAGAAAACCAAGAUGUUUCAUUAAGUGAUGGAAAACAACACGUUAUCAAUAUGGUUUCAGAACAGUGGAAGCUCCUAAACAAAUUGUGCCUAACUCCAACUCCAAUUCCAGCAUCUUUUAGGAAAGCUUGCUUAAAUAUUACAAGAAUGGUGCCAAUGAUGUACAACUAUAGUGACACUCAUUGUCUACCCAUCCUCCAGAAGCAAAUCAUGUCCAUGUUUUCUAUAAUCAAUGGCGAAUCUGCUGGCCUGGGAAACGACAAAGAUAUAUAGUAAGAUGAGUUAUCAGAUUAUGCAAAGAAUGACUUACAGUAAAUAACUUGUUCGGUUUAUAGUAAUAAUAUGUUUAAUUUACAUUAUCCCUCCUAUCUAUCAAUGGUCAAUUUGCAUGUAUGUUAGAAAAUAGUGUAAUGUAUACAUUGCUUUAAAUUUUAAUUGAAAUCUUCAAUGCAAAACUCCGAUACAAAUAGUGAUAAUCGAAUAUUCUUAAUGUUUA